ACCCCAGCAGUUAUACUUGUACACAGUACUUUAGUCAGUAGCGUAUAUUUGAACAUAUAUGCAUUGAAAGAUGGACAUAAGAGAAUACGAGAGGAUGAAGCAGAUGUCGGCUAAGAGGAAACACGAGAGACGCGCGUGUCGCAUACUCCGCUGAGCGGUAAUGAGGACAGUGCAGGUCAACAGCCAGCCCUCUCUCAUCCUGCAUGCAGAAAUCUCACCUUGGUCUGAUACCACUACUUUCAUCUGCAUCCACAUCGUCUGCCGUCUCCAGAACAUUCGUCUCCUGUUGUUCAAGAGAUUGUCACCGAAUUUACCAUCGUCACCAUUGAUUCACACUCCCAGUCCAAUUCUGCGCGGGGCAUCGUCCCUUUGACGUCCACAUCCCUCCCAAUCUCUGCGUCGGAACAACCACAUAUUUCUGAUAUUGUAUCUACACCCCCAGGUACACCGUCCGUUAGAAGAACAAACCAACCAGGCCCCG